UUUCAAAAGAGCACUUAGAACCGAUAAGAAUUUGUAAGCUUGUUGUCUCCUGAUCCAGCCACCCAAAUGCAUAUGUAGGAAAUUUCCUGUAGAGGAUUUAUAUGAUAGAUUGGGUGAUGCUCUGGUCUCUUAUGAUUCUCAAUAACAGGAAGGUAAGCAAAAGUUAUUAGUUUCUGUUUUUAGCAUAUCAUACACAGAAUUUGUGGAAUAUCUACAGUGUGUUCUGUUAUGUUUACAAAGGCAGCUUGCAUUGCUUGGGUGCAUCUCAUUGCUUGUAAUACCCAUAAAAAGUGGCAGAUUUUUGUCUGAGAGUAGCCAAUUUAGUAUUUGGAGAUUAGAACAGAGUUCAGGCCUGCUUUCACCUUUAAUCUAUGUGUGUGACAAGUUCUGGAGCUACUGGACAGUGAUCAAAGAAAGGAAUCCUGGCUCAUUUCUCCUCCAACACCAAAUUUAAGUCACCUUGGACUUCUUAACAAUUCUGUUCCAAGUGAUUGACUGCUCAGUCUCAGGAAGAGCCUUAAACCAUUUAUAGUUAAAACCACCUACAUUAUCUACUAGGAGGAAAGUGGGCCUUCUCGCUCUUAAAUUAGUAAGUUUAAAGAGAAAUAACACAUCAAUAAUAUCACUUAUAACAAGACACCAGUUUCUGUAGUCCACUCUUUCUUUGAUCAGUCCAACCUCCUUGCCAACUCCAUAAGCUGACUACUAAUGGCUAUUAUUAUAGUGCAUGCUAAUGCCAAGUUAUGUUUGUAUGGAAUAUUAAUCUGUUCGAUAUCUGUAGUGACCUGUAAUUCUGUGUGCAUGCUGCAUGCUUCAGUUGACUAAUCGAGUUUGCUGUUGUGGUUUGGUUUUGUGUUUUUUUUAUCCUAACAGGACGCCGGCCUCACUGAUGCAUGUUGCACUUUUGCUGCCCUUGAAGAUGAUCACAGUCCAGGAAAAAAGUGGUUGUUUGAAGAAAGAAAGCUCCUGCCCCUGGAAGACAUUGAAGGAAUGCUGGAAGAUCCCAGCAAAGAAAGGAAAAGAAAAUGGCAAAACUACCUCAUUGAAGAGCCCUUCAUUACCAGCACCUCAUCAACUACAUCUUCCUCUUCCUAUUACAAGUGACCUAUCACAACUUCCCCAACCCCAAAAUCAGUUGGACCGCUCUUUAUCAGUUCCUGCUAGCCUUCCCUCACAAAACCAGAUGAAACUUGAAUUUUCAGAUGCAAAAAGUGUUCAGAUCCCUGAGUGCUUGGAAACCGAGGCAGAAAACCAGAAGCCUUUACAAUCGUUGGAUUAUCUGUUGACUCCUCUGUCUCCAGAUAGUCUGUCUGCUUCUUCUCAGGCAUCAUUAGGAGAAAAGCACAUACCACAACACAAAAACACUUAUGGUAGUCCACAGAAUAUCCUGAAGCAUCCAAGUUCAGAUGCUGGCAAUGAAUUUCUGCCAAAACGUAUAUUGACAGACAUGAGUUCACACACAGCUGGCAUGGAAGCGUAUGAUGCACAGGAAGACCAUACUCUUCAAGGUGUAAGAGUAAAAACUCAGCUGGAAAACCUAAACAAAGAAAAAAUGGAUUUGGUGGAGCCACUAGUAACAAAAGCUGAAGAGUGUUCUCAAUCAGUACAACCAAAUACUGAUUCUGUGCUUGAUAUGAUUGUGGAUAACAGAUCAACCCAAGCACCCUCAACUAGCGGCUCCCCUGAUAUUAAUGAAGUGCAGCAGCCCGGUGAAAUUGGAAAGGAAAUUGAUGAUCCAGAUACCAAUCUGCAGCACAUCACUGUACCAUCUGAAAUAGACCUCAGAAUAGAUGAUCCGUGUAGUUGUCAGAAGAAAACUGAGAUUGGUGGAAGACCAUCAAAUGAUGCUUCAAUUGGGAACAGUGAGACUUGUGAUGCUGGAAUGAUGUGCUGUACAGAGCAGCAGGUAGAGAAUGUGACAGCAACAAAUUCAAACAUCCAUAACCAGGAUGAGAAAGCCCUUAUUUCUGAAAAGGAACUUGAAAAAAACUGUCCAAACUUCUGUCCACUUGAGGUGGAUAGACCUGCUGAGUUUACAAAUGAUGACACAGGAGAACGGUCUGAAGUUGUUUUUGAUGUUGGUAAAAAGCAAGAAGAGAUACAUUUGUUUACUGAGAUUGAAGUGUCUUCCUAUCAGCAGCAUCAGACUUCAGAAUCCAGUCAGAACGAUUCACACCUAUCCCCUGUGGCCACUUUAUUCGAAUUGCAUCGUGAAUUGGUUUCUUCUUGUCAGGAAACUUCCUUGCAGGUGUCAGCCAAAUUAGACAAACAUAAUCAGCCAGUCACAACAAAUCAGGAAGAAAACUUUCAGCAUAUGGAGGUCUGUAAUGAGUGCUCAGAGAAUGAUGCCUUAAAUGAGGUAUGUCUUAAUGCAGAACUGGUACCUGAAAUGCAAAAGGAGCCAGAGUUGACAGCUGAAUCUGAAAUUUCUUCUAAAAGAGACAUACCCAUCCACAUGACACAUGAUGAAUCUGAGGAAAUUUUGACACAGGAAACAAAAGACAUGGAUGGGGAUUUCAUUCUUGUGUCGAAACAUUUAACUAAUGAAAUGGAGGUUUCCCCAAGUGACAAAUUACUGGAGACCCAAGAAUUAUCACUACACAGUAUUGAAUAUGCAUCUGACACUGCAGUAGUUAAAACUAGUCAGACAUCUCAAAGUACUGAGACACAUUUGGUAACACAUAGUGUAGAUAGUUGUGCAGAGGUUUCAGGUGCUUCAGUGAUGUGUGAAGAGACUGUGGAAGCCACCAUGGAUCAGCCUGAAAGGCAUUCUGUGGAUAGUCCUGAACUACACUCUUCAGAUUUGUCAAACCAGCUUUUCCCAGCAGCAAACAUCGAACGAAUAAGAACAUCAGGAUUUAGUCAGCAGGAAGCUGUGGAAGCUCUUGAACGUUGUCAUGGAAACACAGAUUUGGCUCUUCUGGUUCUUCUCGCAAGAGGAAUUGUGGUUCCUACGUGAAGUAGUUCAAUAUAUUACAGUUGCACAAUAAUAAACUGGUACUGUUUAGACAUCUGGGCUGACAAAUGUGUGCAUCUUUAAUUGAAAGAAAGGAAGUUUAAAUCAGAGUUCACUUUUUUAGUAUUGGGUGUAACUGGUUUUAACGAUUGAUUAUCAUCACAUACAGCAAAGUUGUUACAUUACGGCAGCAUUUUCUGUGCCAUCCUGGAGUUACUAAUCCACUCCACAGGUACCCAUAAACCCAAACAACACACCUAGUUAAAUAUUGUACCUAAUGCUACUUAGAAUUAAAAAUGCCGAUGAUAUUUUUCACUGAAUAUUCUCAAAGAUGGUUUGCAGCAGCAAGAGUGGUGGGCUUAAAUCCUUGGGAGAUGAUAUAUGCACAAGAUUCAUGGUGGAAUCAUGUUAGAUUUUAAACUCUGUGCAAGGUCAGAAAAUGCCUACAUUAGAUUUGAGUUUUGGUGUUUGAUUUAAGUAUAGGGAGAAGUAAAAAAAUUCUAUCAUGUUUCCUCCAUAGAAGUUCAAUGUACUUUGCCUUCUGAGUACAGAGUUUUUUAGAAUUCUUUUACUCUUUUAUAGCCUUUAUCAAAUCUGAGUCAGCAACACCACCUUUGCUGGACACUGGUCUUGUGUAACUGAGGCAUAUUCAGUAUUCACACUUGGCUGAAGUUAUAUUUUGGAUUUUUUUGUUAAGCGCCACUAGUGAUGUUGCUGUAAUCUUCAAUGGGUGCUUAUUGCAAUCUCUAAUCUUUUUUUUAAACCAAAUAAAACAAAACUAUUGCCAACAAUAUUGGUUUGUGUGUACUGAUGAUCAUACUUAUGAAGAUAUGUGAUAAAGGCUAGAAAUUUGAACUGCUGUUUCUUACCUCUGAAAGCUGAUUUCAGCUCAUGUGCCAAUACUAAUAGUUAAGCCAUUAGCAACAGUGCAAGAAGACGAUCUUUAUUCCAUGCUGGGCAUGUACUGUAAAUGUCUGAAGCUGUUCAGCUGUCUGCAGUAUAAUGUUUUCUUUUUAAAAAAAAUAUUAAAAUAAACUUCU